GUAAUGGGGUUAUCAGUGUGAUUCUUCUAAUAGAAUAGAGCGUGGCUUUCGAAAAUCAUGUCGGGACGAAGCCACAGCUCUCUCCGGCGACUACGAAAAGCGACAAUGCCUGAGGUUCAAGUCAAAAGCCGCCGUCGAUGAAAAAGAGACCGUCAGGACGGAACCAGGUACUGUCAGACUAAUCGGACGAUGAGCCGCAAACGGAAAGUUAUUACUAGUUACUCUGAGCCCGCCACCGUCGACCGAAUCGGCGAGUGUCCCGACUCUCUGCUCGUUCACAUUCUCUCCCUCUUACCGAUCGAAGACGCCGUCCGAACCCAAGUCUUGUCCAAGCGUUGGCAACUCCUCUGGACCUUCCUCCCUUCCCUGCUUUUCCGUUCCCCCUUGCGUUACCCUGUGUUCAAUGACGAUGAUUCCGACGACGAGGAUUUCAGAGUUGCAAGCAGUGAUGAAUUCACCGCCUUUGUCGACAAAACGCUAAUGUUUUCCAACUCCAAGGUCGAGAAAUUCGAGGUUGGUUUCGAAUACGAGCCGCGCUUCGCUUCGAGCGUCGAUUCGUGGACUUGGUUUGCAGCGGGAAAGGGCGUCGAGGAGCUUCACCUUCAGCUCUGGCCCGACGUCUUCGAUUUGCAUGAGGAUGAACGGUACGAGUUGCCACAGAUUUUGUACGGCAAUUCUAAGUUCAGAGAGUUGCUAUUUUCAUGCUGUAGGGUUAUUCCUAAAGGAAAUGUUGCUUGGUAUUCGCUAAAGAAAUUGUCAAUCGGUUACGUGAAUUUGAGUAGUGAUGUCAUUGAAAAGAUAUUAGCGGGCAGUCCUGUGUUGGAAAUGUUGGAACUGCAUCAUUGCGAAGGUUUUCGUCGUUUGUCUGUCACUAAUUCGUGCGUGAAGAAAUUGAUCCUGAGAGAUUUUUUGUGUAAUGGGGAUGAAUUUGGCAGUGGGUUGGAAAUUUCGGCCCCUUAUCUCCUAUCGUUGGAGAUGUCGGGCGGUUUAGGGAGGAGCUGUCGAUUUAUGAACGUAUCAUCAUUGGUUGAUGCUGUCUUCAACUGCCAGUUUGUAUGUGCUGAGCAAGACCGGGCUAAUGAUACUGAAAGGAUUCAAGAUAUGGUACGAGGACUUCUUGCAAGUCUUGUUCAUGUGAAGAAUCUUAUGCUAGGUGCUUGGGCGAUUGAGGUGCUAUCAAUUAUGGAAGCAAAAGGCUUGAGUUGUCCAUUGUUGGAAUGCGAAUGUCUAACAGUACAUACACAGAUCAAUAAACAUGUGCUCCUUGGGAUAGCAAGCAUUUUGAAAAGUACACCUAAUUUGGAGAGAUUGGCCAUGACCUUGUCCCUUUUCUUAUUGGAGCACUUUGAGAUCGAACUCGCGGAGCUUUGCCGUUAUAAUGAAGAGCAAUAUUGGACAGCGCAAAAGUGGACUUACAAUUGCUUGACACUGCAUCUCAAAAAUGUUAAGAUUGCUGGUAGUUGGUGGUGUCGUGACUCCAACUUUCUUGCUUUCAUACAAUUACUGUUGAGGAAUGCCAGGGUGCUGCAAAAGAUGGUUAUCACUAACCCAAAUGAUUAUCGGUUGGAGGAUUAUUUCCAAGCAGCUCAAGAGCUUUUAAGCUUUCCCCGAUCCUCUCCUGAUGCAGUAGUUAUCUUCUGCUAGUCAAAAAAUGUACCAGGAAACUUAUGCCUUUUAGCUAGUUCUUCUCCUUAUUAUCGCCGAGUUUGUACUUCUUCCUUUUGUAAGUGGUGGUUGCCACAUCAAACGAAGUCGUGGGCUUCACUGGUUACGAGGAAAGGAUACUAACACUCCGUUUGUUUUCGGGGCGAAACAAACGGAGUAUGCCUAUCUUGAAUUUCUACUCUCGCAAAACGAAUUUUGUGAGAGAGUUGACAAUUGAAGAGUUGUAUCUUGUGUUUCUCCUAAUAUGUAGUUGAUUAUGCACUGAUUUAGUUCAUUGGAACGGCGUUUCUAAAUUCUAG